UCCGAUGCAUAUAGAUGCGUCCCUGUGCUUAUUGAGACCUGGUCUGGUUUUAGUCAACCCAGAAAGACCUUGCUAUCAGAUAGAGCUGUUCUCAAAGGCUGGGUGGGAUGUCGUUGAGGCACCUCAUCCAAUAACACCAAGCGAUCACCCGAUGUGGUUUUCUUCAACAUGGCUGUCAAUGAAUGUUCUGAUGUUGGACCAUAACCGGGUGGUUGUAGAUGCAAACGAGAUUCCUACUCAAAGACUUUUCGAGAAACUUGGUAUGGAAUGCAUCAAGGUUGAUUUGCGUUUCGCUGGUUCUCUAGGAGGUGGCAGUCAUUGCUGGACUUGUGACGUCAGACGAAACGGUUCUUUAGAAUCAUAUUUCUAAAAUCUUCACUAUAUUUAUACUGGUGGAUAUAAUUAAUUGUAUUUUAUUUAAUACUUUGAGAAUAUAAUAUGAAAUAAAUAAUAUAUAGAAUGGUUGACCUCUGGUAAUGUGUACUUAAUAUUUGUUCAUAUUUGUGAAGCUUAAUUACAUUACACACACUUUAUCACAAAUAAUAAACAGGACUA